AUGAUUAAUGACAAUAUAAACAACAAUGGAUUUGGCCCUGCUGCUUCAGGGGACGGUGUUGAUGGCGAACGUCUUGGAGAAAGAUGGGACGGUGUUGCUCUUGCGAAUGAAUUCAAAUCACCAUUGCCAAACCAACAACAACAACAACAACAACAACAACAACAACAUCAUCAUCAUCAUCAACAACAACAUCAUCAUCAUCAUCAUCAUCAUCAACAACAACAACAACAACAGCAAGAGCAACAGCAAGCAGUGGAAGCAGCAGGAAGACAGGAGGGUAACUGGGAGAAGAAGAAUCCGAAGGGUAAGAUUGGCAAUCAAGAUAAUGGGAGUUUGUUGCAGAAUGAUUUCACUUCUUCACUUGACAUUACGUCAGUGCAAGAUAGUGAAGAGUUAGAGGAAUUCAAUGAAUUCAUUGAUAUUCCCAAUUUGGUAUCCGAUAAUGACUCUGAUGAAGUUAUUACCGUGCUGACAAAGAGUGGGGGACACUGGAAUCAACAAAGAUCAUUGCAACCGACUCCAGUGUCCACUCAGAACGAAUCAAUCAAAUCCCCACAACAACCUCAACCACAACCACAACCUCAAAGAAGUAUCCAUCAUCAAGUUCAACAAUUGAAAAGACAAUCCCAACUUGCUAUUGGUGGGCCCAAUCCUCAUAUCAAGCAAAACAUAAUCAACAGCUUGCAACCGUAUGUUAAGCCAAGCAGUGGCAUCACGCCGGAACAGUUCAAACAUCAGCGUACGCAGUUGAUGACUAUUAUAGUCAAGUAUGUGGCAACAAAGAUAUACAACACGUUCCCACCAGAAGCACCAAAGAGAAGGGGCUCAUCAUCUCCAGCGUCACCAACAACAACAACUUCUAAAGCACCCCCCACGCGCAAUGAGUUACCAUUGGACAAAUUUUUGUUGUUGCUAACAAGUAGAUUGAGAGUCUCAUUGACGACGUUUUUGAAGGCUAUAAUUUACUUGUUUAGGUACAUGGAUAUUAUAUACCUUUUGAGAUACCUCAAUCAAACCAACAAUUUUGUCAACUACAACGACAUGGGGUUUGAAUUAAAAAAGUUGAUUGUUGGAUGCUUCAAAUUGACAAUUAUCAAGGAGAAUAGAGUAUCUUCAAGGAAAUUACAAGUGGAUUGGCAACAUGUGACUGGGUUGACUAAUCAAGAGAUUAACUCUAUUGUCAAACAAUUGGUUAAUCGUAUGAAUGGGAAGUUGAAUAUCAAGGAUGUUGAAGUGGUGAGAAUGAAGAAUGAAAUGUAUAGAUUUAUCAAUCUAUGCUUAUAG